GUGGUCGGGGUUCAGCGCGGCGGCGGCGGCGGCCUCGGGCCUGAGCGGGUCCCCCUGGCCGCCAUGUCCUGGAUGUUCAUGAGAGAUUCUCUUUGGAAGUACCUGCAGUCCGUGCAGUAUGGAGUCCAUGGAAGCUUUUCCCACUAUUCCUAUCCAAAUUUGUUUUCUACUUUUGAUGCCGAAGACAUCAUGCCUCCAGAUGACUUUAUAACAGGAGAUGAAGAUAUAGAUUCAGUUCUGUUUGGAACUUUGCGAGGCUUUGUAGUUGGAUUGCGCUAUUACUCAGGGGUGGUUAACAAUAAUGAAAUGGUCGCACUUCAGAGAGAGCCCAAUAAUCCAUACGAUAAGAAUGCAGUGAAGGUGAACAAUGUGAAUGGCAACCAGGUGGGCCAUAUUAAGAAAGAACUUGCAGCCCCUCUGGCUUACAUCAUGGACAACAAACUGGCCCAGGUGGAAGGGGUUGUCCCUUACGGAGCAAACAACUCCUUUACUAUUCCUGUUCAAAUGAGUUUUUGGGGAAAAGAAGAAAAUAGACAAGCCGUUCUGGAUCAGUUGAAGAAACACGGAUUUAAAUUGGGUCCUCCUCCAAAAAGUUCAGGAUUCAGUUUUGAAAGUAGUUGGAAUUCAGAGAGAGCUGGCCCAAGCUAUAGUGCACCACUUCAUGCUGCUGUGCAAAUGACAACUGAACAGCUGAAAACAGAGUUUGACAAACUGUUUGAAGAUUUGAAAGAAGAUGAUAAAACUCGUGAGAUGGAGCCUGCUGAGGCGAUUGGAACACCAUUGCUCCCCCAUCAGAAGCAGGCAUUGGCUUGGAUGGUUUCAAGGGAAAACAGCAAGGAGCUGCCACCCUUUUGGGAACAGAGGAAUAACUCCUACUACAAUACAAUUACAAAUUUUUCUGAAAAGGAGCCACCAGAAAAUGUGCUUGGAGGAAUUCUAGCUGAUGAUAUGGGUUUGGGCAAGACCCUUGCAGCUAUUGCAGUGAUUCUUACUAACUUCUAUGAUGGCAAACCUCUUCCUGUUGAGAAAAUUGAAACUGAUCAGUUGCAAAAGGAAUGUAAUGAUGCCAGCAAUUCUGGAAAACCAGGUGACAGUGUUUCCUGUGAAAAAUUAGAUGAACACUGCAAAGAAGAGGCCAGUCAGAGCGGAGAGCCCAGUGUUUCAGAUGGCAAGGGGAAAAAUAAGCUGCUCGGUGCGGAAUUCUCCAGUUCCCGCCCUAAAAGAAGAAAAGCCACAGUCAAGUACGCUGAAAGCAGUGACUCGGAGGAAGCUGAAUUAAGUGAACCGCCACGUAAAAUAAAAGCCAAAGCUGGAAAAGAGCAGGCAGUGACCAAAGGCAAGAAUAAAAGGUCUGCUAGAGUCAAGGAGGAUGCAGACUUCGCAUUAGCACUUGCACCCGCUGUGCCUUCAGUCAAAAAGAAAACCAUGAAAAAGGGAGCAGCUAUGGUACAGUGCUCUAAGAAAACAGAUGCUGCAGAGAGACCAAGAGCAACCCUGAUCAUCUGUCCUCUUUCUGUGUUAAGCAACUGGAUUGACCAGUUUGGACAGCAUUUGAAAUCAGAUGUGCACUUGAAUUUUUAUGUUUAUUAUGGACCUGAUCGCAGCAAAGACCCCACAGUGCUUUCAAAACAAGAUGUGGUAUUAACUACAUAUAAUGUUUUGACUUAUGAUUAUGGAAGUAGAGGUGACAGUCCAUUGCAUAAGAUAAGGUGGUUGAGAGUAAUCCUGGACGAAGGACAUACAAUACGGAAUCCAAAUGCUCAACAGACUAAAGCGGCACUAGAUUUGGAAGCUGAAAGAAGAUGGAUUCUUACUGGUACUCCAAUUCAGAAUUCUUUAAAGGACUUGUGGUCUCUUCUUUCCUUCUUAAAACUUAAACCCUUUACUGAUAGAGAAUGGUGGCAUCGAACAAUUCAGCGACCGGUCACAAUGGGAGAUCAAGGAGGGCUUAGGCGCUUGCAAUCCCUAAUUAAAAAUAUUACUCUCAGAAGGACAAAAACAAGCAAAAUUAAAGGGAAACCCGUUUUGGAAUUACCAGAGCGUAAAGUGUUUAUUCAGCACAUUACACUUACAGAUGAAGAAAGGCGAAUUUACCAGUCUGUGAAGAAUGAAGGCCGAGCGGCUAUUGGCAGGUAUUUUAAUGAAGGAACAGUGCUGGCUCAUUAUGCAGAUGUCCUGGGGCUCCUGCUUAGGUUGAGGCAGUUGUGUUGUCACCCUCAUCUUUUUACAAAUACGUCUUCCAGUGCUCCAUCAGGCAGUGAUACACCAGAAGAACUGCGCAAGAAGUUGAUAAAUAAGAUGAAGUUGGUACUGAGUUCUGGCUCAGAUGAAGAAUGUGCAAUUUGCUUGGAUUCUCUAAACAUCCCAGUGAUAACACACUGCGCACAUGUGUUUUGUAAACCGUGUAUUUGUCAAGUAAUUCAGAAUGAGCAGCCAAAUGCCAAAUGCCCACUCUGCAGAAAUGAUUUGCGUGCUGAGAAUCUGGUAGAAUGUCCCCCAGAGGAGUUAGAGCCUGGUGCCGAGAAAAAAACUGAUCAGGAAUGGAUAUCCAGUUCAAAGAUCAAUGCUCUAAUGCAUUCUUUGAUUGACUUAAGAAAGAAAAAUCCUCAAACCAAAAGCUUAAUCGUCUCACAGUUCACAACUUUCCUGUCUCUAAUAGAAAAACCACUGAAAGAAUCAGGAUUUGUGUUUACUCGUUUGGACGGAUCCAUGCCCCAGAAGAAAAGAGUCGAGUCAAUUCAGUGUUUCCAAAGCACAGAAGCAGGAUCACCGACUAUAAUGCUGCUGUCCCUGAAAGCCGGAGGCGUUGGCUUGAAUCUCAGUGCCGCAUCACGGGUGUUUUUAAUGGAUCCGGCUUGGAAUCCCGCUGCUGAGGACCAGUGCUUUGACCGAUGCCAUAGGCUGGGCCAGAAGCAAGAAGUUGUCAUCACCAAGUUCAUCGUGAAGGACUCUGUGGAAGAAAACAUGCUGAAGAUUCAGAACAAAAAGCGGGAGCUGGCCGCCGGAGCCUUUGGGACGAGAAAGCCCAACGCCGGCGAAAUGAAACAGGCCAAGAUGAACGAGAUCAAGACUCUGAUUGACUUGUAACCUGUAGGGCGUCGGGCCGGGCACGUCCGCCAAGGCCGAUGCUGUGGACGGGACUGUCGGAAGCUGCAGCAGUCAACCUGGGGUCGGGCAGGUGCGUAGCCAUCGCCCCGGCCGCCGCCUUCGAAACACCCGGGUCGUUCUUCACUCUGAGGCCCGUCGAAGACACGGGGAGCCGUCUGGAGCCAUCCCUUUCCCCUGCUUCCUUCUCCUUCUGGAGACCGGGGCCUCCCAGGCUGCCCCUUGAGUCUUCCCCGCCAGGCCUCAGAAUGAAAAACGCCGGGAGGCACUUCGGAAACCCGUGUCUUCCAGAGGAAAAGCGCUGCCCCGCCUCCGCGACAAAGUAUCGACGCCUAUUCCCUUCCGUCCGUCUUUCUGAUACUACAGGUUCAGAUAGCAAUAAGUUCCAUUGUGUACAGUGACCUAAAAUCAUUUUAGCAGCGGGGUGGGGAGGAGAUAAGAGUUUAUCUAGCAUUGAGCUUUCCGCUAACUUAGGCUAAAGCGUUCUUAAAUUUACUCAUUUCCUCGGAGCGCACCUUUUCAGUUUUAAGCCAAGUCACGCGUUCCGCGUAUCUCGGUGAAAGCGAAGCGUCGUCUUGUGUUGACAGCAUUGGUUGUGCUCUCGCGUCACCGCUGUUUGGAAGGAACGGAUCUAGACUCUGUAUUGAAGUGCAAUUCCCCAGGUUGACAUGAAGCAGAAAGGGCAGUGGAAUGUCGUUGGGGUUGGCCGUUAAAAGGCCAUCCAUGCCUCCGGAACCCGAUUGUAUAUGAUAGGCCCGGGCCUGUGUCAGCAAGUUGCGUAGGUAGUGAUGAAAAGUUAGAAACUGUGUUCUAGCAGUACAGUCCCCAACCUAGUCAGGUAGAAGUCCAUUCACUGUUUAAACUAUCGUCUUGCCGUCCCGGGUGUACGCCUGCAGGAAGAGUCAUUCCAAUCCCCAAUCGAUUUGACUGGUUCAAUUGUGGAAUUGCUAAAGGAUACGUUUCUGUAAGUAGCUAUUUUCACGCGUAAAAGUUUUUCAGGAAGGUCUUUAUAAACUUUUAUAAUUCAGAAGACUACUAUAUAUAGGACCGGUUCUGCUUACCGUGUCAGAAACGAUUCGCCGAGUCGUCCUGGUGUCGGGCACGUUUCGGGGACCAGAAUGGCACAUUUUGCUCGGGGGCUACGAGAGUUAAGUGGACACGGACCCACCGAAACGCAGGCACUGAGAAUCGAAAAUCCGUGCCGCGUAGAACGUGUCCCUUCCCUUUAGUCGGUCGUGUUUUCGUUGUUUCUUGUAAAAUGAGCCAACUACGCCUAGUCGAGGAUUCCAGUCGCCCCCUUACGAGUGUUGACUUAGAAAAAAUAAUUGAUAUUCAGCAAUCAGGUCAUCUAUAGUUAUUGUCAGUGUGUUAAGGAAGCCGAAUAGUUCGGAGAAUGGAAGAGUUACGGAAAUUUAGAAUAUGCAGUCAUCGUGGUUUGAAAAGAAAAGAAAAUCCACUUUUUUUUGGUUACAAAUGUAAAAAGCCCCUUAGAUUUUAUGGCAGUGAUUGUGAGAUGAGUGAAAGGCGGGGAAAACUGGCCCGGCUCGUUAGGUGGAAAAACGGUACGGUGCCCGGCCCCGUGUGGUGCGCCGAAAUGGCGGGGAGAGUAAAGGAGCGGAAGGAGGCCCUAAAUCCCGUACUACCCACCACUCGGGCGGGUCAGUCUGUGCAGGUGCAGGAAGUCGGAAUUGCCCCGUGGGAAUUAUCUGUCCUUCAAGCACAGACCAACAGCAACACGUGUGCAUCACUACCCACGUGGACUUCUGCCCUUCCAACUCUCUCUCCCAUUCUCUCCCUCUCUCCCCUUCUCCCCCACCACCCCCAGCAGUCAGUCAGGUCAGGCACGGCCCCAGGAGUGGGCCAUGGGCCGUCUUCUGGGCCCGGCCCUCGCAAAUCUGCUUUAAUUUGGCCGGAUCAGGUCCCGGCCCAACACGGAAUCUCCAGGCGGGCGGGAUUCUCCGGGAGGCGGCUCGCAGUGCGUCCCACGGACACGGGGACCGCAGACCGAACGGAGAGGAGGGGCCACAGGCAAGGCUACACCCCUGGGUUAAAGAGCACAGGUCUAUGUCAGGGCAACAGAAGGACUAUUUUAUCUGGAGGGCGGUUUUGUAGCCAAGUCUAGGGCUGCUGGUUCCUCUCCCAAAUACUUGCUUUUUCAAUUUCAGUUGCAGUCGGAAUGCAGUGUUCAUCUGGGUGAAGGCUAAAUGGGAAGACCAGAUAGGUCUUAUAUUUUUUUUUUUUUUUUAAGGCUUUGUUAAAUAGUGUUAUACGGAAUUGGUAUAUUCUCUUUUUAAUGUGCAGACCACUUUGAAAUUUGGGGAAGGAUCCCGGAAUAUAAGCUUCCUAAUAAUGCUAUUGCUUCUAGUCAGUUUGUGGUGUUUGACUACCCCCCCUACUACGAAUAGGGUUUGCUGCGUAAGGUAGAUGCUGUGCCCUACUCAUUUGUAACCCGGACUGCAUUUCUGUGUUAUAGUUAAAAAUCAAUAAAAUUCAUUUAAAAAG